AUGUAGCAUACGGAAUAAUCAGAAAUGACUCCUGCAAUGCAUAUGAUGGAUAUGAGGAUGUAUAUGAUUAUAAAUUGGGACUAUAAGGUUCGAUUUGUAUUUAAUACUUGGAAAUCAACUACACAAGGUGAAUUUGUGGCUGGACUAUUUGUAACGAUGUUUUUCUGUGCCUUCCUAUGUUUACUUCCAGUUCUCAAAGGGUUUGCAGAUAGAUAAAAAUCUCUAUUUUUGAAGAUUGUAUGGUAAUUACUAGCUGCAACACAGUCUGCAAUAACAAUGUUUCUAUUAAUGACAGUGAAUGGUUGGGUGUUUUUGAUGAUGGCCUUAGGUUUCGGAAUAGGAAAUUUUAUAUUCUAUCCUAAAAUGCCCAUUUUCGAAAAGCAUAAACUAGAAGAUGAAAAGCAGGAAUUAAUUAGAUAAAAUUGA